AUGUCUCUUAGAAUAAAGGCGCUGGAUGAAUCAGUGGUCAAUAAAAUUGCUGCUGGAGAGAUCAUAAUAUCCCCUGUAAAUGCGCUCAAAGAAAUGAUGGAGAAUUCCAUCGAUGCUAACGCGACAAUGAUUGAUAUUUUAGUUAAAGAGGGAGGUAUCAAGGUUCUUCAAAUAACGGAUAAUGGGUCUGGGAUUAAUAAAACUGAUUUGCCGAUUUUAUGUGAACGGUUCACGACAUCCAAAUUACAAAAAUUUGAAGAUCUGAGUCAAAUUCAGACAUAUGGAUUCCGAGGGGAGGCUUUGGCUAGUAUUUCUCAUGUGGCUAGAGUGACAGUUACAACAAAAGUCAAAGAAGACAGAUGUGCGUGGAGAGUUUCAUAUGCUGAGGGUAAGAUGCUAGAAAGCCCCAAGCCUGUUGCCGGCAAAGACGGUACCACGAUCCUAGUUGAAGAUCUUUUUUUCAAUAUUCCGUCUAGGUUGAGAGCUUUAAGAUCCCAAAACGAUGAAUAUGCUAAAAUAUUAGAUGUUGUUGGGCGAUAUGCUAUUCAUUCCAAAGGCAUUGGCUUUUCCUGUAAAAAGUUCGGAGAUUCUAAUUAUUCCUUAGCAGUUAAACCUUCUUACUCAGUCCAUGACAGGGUUAGAACUGUAUUCAGUAACUCUGUGGCUUCUAAUUUGAUCUCUUUGCAUAUUGAUAAGGUUGAAGAUUUCAAUUUGGAAAGUGUUGAUGGAGAAGUGUGUAAUUUGAACUUCACAUCCAAAAAGUCCAUUUCUCCAAUUCUUUUCAUCAAUAAUAGAUUAGUGACGUGCGAUCCUCUAAGACGGGCCCUUAAUAGUGUUUAUUCUAACUAUCUACCAAAAGGAAACAGGCCUUUUAUCUAUUUGGGGAUUAUUAUAGAUCCAGCCUCUGUAGAUGUUAACGUUCAUCCGACAAAGAGAGAAGUUCGUUUCUUGAAUCAAGAUGAAAUCGUAGAGAAAAUUUCCACUCAGCUACACGCUGAAUUAUCCGCCGUGGAUACUUCACGUACUUUCAAAGCCUCGUCAAUUACAACAAGUCAACCAGGAUCUUUAAUAUCCUCUAAUAAUACCAUAGAGAACGAAGAGGAGAGAAGGACGCUCCGACAAGCCCAGGUAGUAGACAACACGUACACGAUAACCAGUAAUCGACUAGGGGGAGCUAAAAGACAAGAAAAUAAAUUAGUCAGAACAGAUUCUUCACAAGCAAAAAUUACGUCAUUUUUGUCCUCAAGUCAACAAUUCAACUUUAAUGGGUCAUCUACAAAGCAGCGAUUAAACCAACCCAAGGUGAAGGCUGUAACUCAAACUCUAGAGACAGAAGGGUCAACAUUAAAUGAAAGCGAACAGCUUCAAGACGAUAACACAAGCAGUGACGAUGAGAUAAAGGGUCAACCUAGGAAGAAACAAAAACCUGAAAUCCAUGGUACUGCAAGGGUCAUUGAUAGUGGAAAGCGUAUGCCUGCUAUUUCAAAAGACGGGUAUAUUAGAGUUGCUAAAGAGCGAGUUAAUGUGAAUCUCACCAGUAUCAAAAAAAUGCGUGAAAAGGUGGAUGAUUCGAUACAUCGAGAGCUAACAGAAAUUUUUGCAAAUAUGACUUAUGUUGGUGUUGUAGAUGAGGAAAGAAGACUGGCCGCAAUUCAGCAUGACUUAAAACUCUUUUUAAUAGAUUACGGAUCUGUGUGCUAUGAACUAUUUUAUCAAAUCGGUUUGACAGACUUCGCGAACUUCGGUAAGAUUAAUUUACUGAGUACAGAUGGGUCAGAUGAUAUAAUCCUAUAUAACCUCCUAUCAGAGUUCGAUGGACUAAAAGAUGAACUCUCAAAAGAAAAACUAAUUAGUAAAAUAUGGGAUAUGAGUAGCAUGCUAAAUGAAUACUAUUCCAUAGAGUUGGUGAACGAUAGUACCGACAACGACUUAAAAUUUGUGAAGCUGAAAACGUUACCUUUACUUUUAAGAGGUUACAUUCCAUCUUUGACGAAGUUACCCUUUUUUAUUUAUCGCUUGGGCAAUGAAGUAAAUUGGGAGGAUGAACGAGACUGCCUGGACAGUAUUCUAAGAGAAAUUGCUUUACUAUAUAUACCGGAUAUGAUUCCUAAAUUGGAUAUGUCUGAUAUAUCGCUUUCUGAAAAUGAAAAGACCCAAUUUAUAGAUAGAAGGGAGGAAGUAUCUUCAUUACUAGAACAUGUUCUUUUUCCUUGUAUCAAAAGAAGGUUUCUUGCGCCUAGACACCUACUCAAAGACGUUGUCGAAAUAGCUAACCUUCCAGGUCUUUAUAAAGUUUUUGAAAGAUGCUAG